AUGAACUCCAGCCAUCCCCGCGGGGCGCACCUGCCCCUGCGCUUCUGGAACCACAGCCAGGGGCUGGCCGGCACAGCCCCCGAAACCCCGGGCCAGGGCUACCCGGCGAGCAGCGGGGGCUGCUACGAGCAGCUGGUCGUCUCCCCGGAGGUCUUCGUCACCCUGGGUAUCAUCAGCCUGCUGGAGAACGUCCUGGUCAUCGCAGCCAUCGCCAAGAAUAAGAACCUGCACUCACCCAUGUACUUCUUCAUCUGCAGUCUGGCCGUGGCUGACCUGCUGGUGAGCGUCUCCAACGGGUCCGAGACCAUCGUCAUCACGCUGCUCAACGCCACCGAUGGCGGCGCCGCCCAGAGCUUCGCCGUGAAUAUCGACAAUGUCAUCGACUCGGUCAUCUGCAGCUCGCUGCUGGCCUCCAUCUGCAGCCUGCUCUCCAUCGCUGUGGACCGCUACUUCACCAUCUUCUACGCUCUCCAGUACCACACCAUCAUGACCGCCCGUCGCGUGGGGACCAUCAUCGGCUGCAUCUGGGCCUCCUGCACCGUCUCUGGCGCGCUGUUCAUCAUCUACUCUGACAGCAGCGCUGCCAUCAUCUGCCUGGUGGCCACAUUCUUCGCCAUGCUGGCCCUCAUGGCCUCCCUUUACGUGCACAUGUUCCUGCUGGCCCGCCUUCACGUCAAGCGCAUCGCUGGGCUCCCGGGCCCGGGCGCCGUCCGCCAGGGAGCCAGCAUGAAGGGCGCUGUCACCUUGACCAUACUGAUUGGCGUCUUUGUCGUCUGCUGGGCCCCCUUCUUUCUCCACCUGGUCUUCUACAUCUCCUGCCCCCACAACCCGUACUGCGUGUGCUUCAUGUCCCACUUCAACCUCUACCUCAUCCUCAUCAUGUGCAAUUCCAUCAUCGACCCCCUCAUCUACGCCCUGCGGAGCCAGGAGCUCCGGAAAACCUUCAAGGACAUCGUCUACUGCUCUCCCCUGGGUGGUCUCUGUGACCUGUCGGGCCGCUACUAG